CAGAACUCUUCAAUGAUUAGUGAAAGGAGGUUCAAAAGUGAAAUAAAGAAUGGCGGGGUCAGUGGAAACAAUAUUGUCCAAACUUUUGGAGCCGAAUAACACUGUUAUUCAAGAGGCUACCAAACAGCUGAAAGAAAUAUUUAAAGAUCCAAGUAUUCUGCCAGCAUUAUGUCAAGUCUUGGGAACCUCUACGGUACCUCAGAUUCGACAAUAUUCUGCUGUCCUCAUCAGAAGAAAAAUACAGAAAAAAAACCAUUGGAAUUCUUUAUCAGAUGAUAUGAAAAAUAGUAUUCGAGGAAAUAUUUUACAGCUACUAGUUCAAGAACCAGAUAAGAAUGUUAGAACUGCUAUAGGUACGAUAGUUGGCACAGUAGCUAAACAUGAUCUACCUGAAAAUCAAUGGCCAGCUUUAUUUGAAUUUAUCACAACUCAAGUUAAAAGUCCUGAAGUUAAACAAGUAGAGCUAGGAAUGUUUGUAUUGUACACAGUAUCAUCCGAUGCUGGGGAGCAGUUAAAACCUCAUCUUAUACCAGUCAUGCAAAUAUUAGUAGAAACGGUUAAAAAUAACCAGAGUAAAGCUAUUCCUUAUUAUUCUAUUAGAACAAUGAGUGAAUUGGUAUAUUUAGUUGGAAUGGAUGAAUACAAAUUUAUUCAAGAAAGUAUUCCACAGAUUUUACUGGUUAUUCAAGAAUUAAUCAAGGUUGAUGAGGAUGAAGCUUGUGAAUGUAUGGAGUUAUUUGAUGAAUUAUUGGAAUCUGAAGUGGCUGUUCUUGUACCACAUGUUAAAACUGUCGUAGAAUUCUGUCUACAGGUAGCUGCUCAAUCUAGUCUUGGAGACGCUGUUCGUGUUAAAGCUAUGUCUUUUAUUAGCUCGCUUACAAGAAUGAAGAAAAACGCAAUACUCAAACAUAAGCUGGUGGAUCCAAUUCUUCAAGUUAUAUUUCCUAUUCUAUGUGCUAAUGAAGAUGAAGAUGAUGAUGAGGAUAUAGAAGAAAUAGAAUCUCAUACACCUGUGCAAUACGUACCACAGGUUUUAGAUACCAUGUCCUUACAUUUACCUCCCAAGAAAUUUAUUCCUAAUCUAAUGCCAUUAAUAGAAGGAGCAUUAGCCAAUGAAAAUCCUUGUCACAGAAAGGCUGGUUAUAUUGCGAUGGCUGUAAUUGUUGAGGGCUGUGCUGAUCAUAUCAUGAACAAACAUUUAAAAGCUGUAUUACACUGUGUUUGUAAAGGACUCAACGAUUCUGAUAAUACUGUUCGAAACGCUGCUCUUUUCGCUUUGGGGCAAUUUUCAGAACAUUUACAGCCUAAUAUCAGUAAAUUUGCAUCAGAGUUACUGCCCCUAUUGUUUCAAUAUCUGGGUCAAAUUAGUCAAGAACCAGAUAAGAAUCCUAAAGGGCUGACAAAGAUUUAUUAUGCACUGGAAGUUUUCUGUGAAAAUUUAGAGAAAGAAAUCUUGCCAUAUCUUCCCCCACUAAUGGACCAUUUACUUGCUGUGUUGAAAUCCGAUCAUAUUCGAUCUAAAGAAUUAGCUAUUUCUGCUAUUGGUGCUACAGCUACUGCAGCUAAAGAUGCCAUGAAACCAUAUUUUAAUGAGAUAAUUGAACAAUUAAAAAGUUACUUGAUUGCCAGGAAUUCAGAAGAAAUGAAAAAAUUACAGCUUCAAACAAUAGAUACAUUGGGUAUUUUAGCUAGAAAUUGUGGUAGUGACAUAUUUCAACCAUUAGCUAAAGAAUGUUUACAACUUGGUUUAAAUUUACUAGAGGCUGCAGAUGAUCCUGAUUUACGUAGAUGUGUUUAUUCUCUUUUUGCCGCUAUUUCUAAUCUGUUGAAGACGGAAAUGAGCGAAUACUUAGAAAAGAUCGUAAACUACAUGUUACUAUCGAUCAAGUCUAAAGAAGGUGUAACUACCCAUUUUAAAGAAGACACUGAUGCUAUAGCUGUGUUUAAUGAAGAUGAUUUAAUAGAUGAAGAAGAUAUCGGGGAUGAGGAUUCAGAUGAUGACGAGGGUCAAAUAGAAGGUGUUACAGUAGAGAAUGCUUAUUUAGAUGAAAAAGAAGAUGCUGUCUGUUCAUUGGGAGAAAUAGCUGAAAAUGUUGGUGCACCAUUCAUGCCAUUCCUAGAACAGAGUUACACACAAAUAUUUGAUUUAUUAGAUUAUCCAGCAGAAGGCAUAAAGAAAGUGACUAUAGCCUCUCUCUCCCAGUUCUGUAUUUGUGUCUAUAGAGUCUGUAUAGAAACGGGUCUAGAUCAGACAGCUUUAAAGACUAUGUUAAAUGCUAUAAUACCACGAUUCUUAGAGAUUAUCCAAUCCGAUAUUGAUAGAACUGUGGUGAUGUCAGCUGUUGAUUCAAUCGAGGAAUUAUUGACUAAAAUAGGUCAACCAGUAUUAGAAAUGACCGGGGCAACGAAUCCUAUACUUACAGCCAUGAAAAAAAUAUUUACACAUAAGGUGGCGUGUCAAGAUGAUGAAGAUGAAGAUGAUGAUCAACAAGCCGAGUAUGAUGCCAUGUUGAUAGAAUCAGCAGGAGAUGUUUUACCUACGAUGGCUAAACUUGUCGGUGGUUCAGAAUUCCUACCAUUCUUCAGAAGUUUCCUCACAGAUUUGCUCAAAAGAUUGAAAGCUACAAGUUCCGUCCCAGAAAAAUCUUUUGCUGUAGGAACAUUAGCAGAGGUUGUGCAAGCAUGUGGAGCUGCCUCGGCAGAAUUUGUCGAUACUCUUUAUCCGUUAUUUAUGAAACAUAUACAAGAUGAAGAUGAGGAAGUGAAGAGUAACGCUGUUUUUGCUGUGGGCGUUUUAGCUCAAUAUGGUGGUGAAAAGCUCCAUAGUAAAUUCCCUGUGAUAUUAAAGACGUUAUUUGAUUUGGUGUCUGGUGACGAAGAUAAUCCAAGAGUUUUAGAUAAUGUUUGUGCUGCCAUCUGUCGGCUUAUUUUGACCAAUAGUAGUUGUAUUCCAUUUGACAAGGUGAUACCCGCCAUUGUAAGUUUUCUACCAUUAAAAGAAGACUAUGAAGAGAAUCACACAGUAUAUCACUGUUUAAUACAGUUAUAUAGUAACGGUAAUCAACAGGUGAUACAAUGUACACCACAGUUGUUAAGUUCUAUAGCUAUGGUUGUAGGUACAGACCAAAUUAAACCAGAAACCCACACUAUAUUGGUGCACUUCGCUAAACACAUCAACGAAAAAUACCCGGAAGAAUUUCAGAAGGUCAAGGCAACAUUACCAAACGACCUGAGCUCAAAACUCGACAAUUGUGUAUCCAUGGUGAAUGGGUCUUGAAUGUCAAGUCUGUAAAAGUUUAUCAGAAAGACUGGUAUAUUUUUCAUUCCGUGACGUGAAAUACAGAACUAAUUUUAUGCAUUUUAUCUUUCGCUGAUGCAAGUCUUUCUGAAUAACAUGAAUACUUAUUUCUACUCCAUUUAGACAUUUCCAGAGUUUUGGAGACCAUAUUAAUGUACAUUUCUAAAAUCUCUGAUGACCAACCUGUAACCCCAAAUGUUUUGUCUGGGUACUUGGGUUUCCUCCCACUUCUAAAAACAUCUCCGUGUAACAGGAUGAUUCUUAAAAUAGCCUGAUACGUUUUGAGCGUGAGUUAUUCACAGUAAAAAACUGCUACUAGUUAUUCAGAAAGAUAUUAAUAUGCUUCAUGCACAACUUUUAUACAUUGUUAAAAAGCUGCUGAUUGAUUGGUUGUUGUUUUGUAUAUUGUUAAAAGGCUGCUGAUUGGUUGGUUGUUGUAAAACUAUUUUAUUUCUCGGACAGUAUUAUUAUUAUAAUUAGAUUAAUAUUCAAACUUAUAUAUUUAUUAUUAAGUCUAAGAUAUUUUUGUAAAAAUGAAACUUACAUUAAGAAAUGGCCAGAUAUUUUCGACAAAGUUGAUGAAUUAUAAAUGUUUUUUUUGUCAUGCCUGUUUACUACGUGUUUCUGUUAUAGGACUAUACAAAUCAAGACAAUUAAACGCAGCCUUCCCAGAAAUAUUUUUCUGACUCAAAGGCUUGAUGCAUCAUUUGCAUUUUUGCUAAAAUAUCAAUUUUUCAUGACUUAAUACAUGCUAAAUAUAGACUCAGAUUGAUUAUUUAAAGAUACAUUAUGGGAGAUUAGAUAAAGAUCUGGCAGUUCUCACUACAAUAGUUAAAAACUAGAUAAUGUUAAGGGAAUUUGCUGAAAAUUUCAGUGAAAUUGAUCCACUCUGAACUGAGAAUUUAGCGAUUGAAUUUUCGGCCUAACCUUGAUCAUCAUUACUAAGUCAAUACGAUAAAAACAUAGUCUCGAUUAUCCAUUUCAUGAUUAAAUCAUGAAUGAAAGUUGAGCAGCAAAUCGUAUCAUAAUCCAGUAAAUAUCUGGAUAGGUUAAUUAAUGUCUAAUUAAUAUUUUAUAUAUAAAAUUUCAGGCCUAAAGAAAGACCUGAAAAUGGCAGAUUUAGCUCUUGCAUAAUGUAUGUUUAAAGCACUAGAUAAUGUCUCUGCUUGGAUUCAAUCUGAUUUGAAGUAGGACCAUCAGAUUUCUCCGCUGCCAAUAAAAGACAGCAACGUAGAUCGAUGAAAUUUCAAUUUAUCAGAACUGAUAUUUUCCUUUCAGAGAGAAUAAAAACUUUGAUAAUAUUGUAGUUUGCAUCAAGCCUUUAAACAAGAAGGGGGGUCACGUUGGCUAAGUGGGUAAGACGGUGGCUAAGUGGGUAAGACGCUGGCUCGCUAGCCUGGAGGUCGGGUGUCCGAUCCCUGCAUUGGCCGAGAAAGUUCAUACAGAUUCUCUGGCGUGGUUCCUCUCCUUGUCAGUGAUGCAGGACGGAGGGCCUGACAAGGAAAGCUUUCUAGUUGUUCAGAUUGGACGAAAAACAGAGGUCCUGUGUACACAUUGGCGUGGCAGUUGGAAUUUGAUAUAAGAGUAGGCUGUCUGGGCAAACUUUCUUAAAAGUUUUAUCCUAGUCCUGUACAAGAUAAUUUUAUGUGGAAGUAGUCCUUUAAAAACCUUUAUUCUAGUCAUGUACUACAAUCAGAAACUCUGUGGUAUGAUAAUUCUGUGUGGAAGCAGUCCCUUAAAAACCAGCCCACGAUACAUUCACUUGAUUUGAUAAUACUGUUGUUGUUUGUUGCUUCCAAUGUCCGUGGUUGUUGUGUGUCUUUACCUCGGUUUUUGUAGUAUGAGUUUCUGUUUAUGUAUGUAUAGUUCAGUUCUUUCUACACUUUGACCACACCAAUGUCCAUUUGUUGUGUGUCUUGUCCUCUGUUUUUGUAGUAUGAGUUUCUGUUUUUGUACGUAUAGUUCAGUUCUUUCUGCCCUUUGACCACACCAAUGUCCGUUCAGUUCUUUCUGCCCUUUGACCUAUUAGAAUUUUUGUUCUUCGGAACACCUACUAAAAAUUCUGCUAGCAGUUUCUUUAGGAAAAAAGGAGGGGAGGGCCAGGCAUGGACAUCUGUCUAGUCGUUCGGAUGCGACGAAAAACCAAGGUCCCGUGUACACAUUGGCGUGGCAGUUGGAAUUUGAUAUAAGAGUAGGCUGUCAGAUGGCAUACGCCCGUCUUCAUUAGCCCAGUAGGAGGUUUAAACCCAUUUCAUUUCAUAAGCAAAAAGAAAUUGGUUGCUCGCCUCAAAAACGUUUACUUCCAAAUGGCCAAGUUUUGAAAUUUUAAAAACUCUGCGUAUAAGAAUUGAGGGGGGGGGGGUAUUUAUUGAUCAAAACUCUGCAGAACUAAAAUUGAAUUGGUCUGUUGAAGGGCCAUUAUGGGAGAUUAGAUAAAAGAGCUGACAGUUCUCGCUAUAAUAGUUAAACAAUAUAAAGAGAAUAUGCUGAAAAUUUCAGUCAAAUUACUUCACGCUGAGCCCAGAAAACGGAAUUAUAAUAUGUAACAGUGUAGCCUUGAUUAUCAUUGUUACUGCUGUUAUGAUAAUAGUUAAUAAACAAAGUAUCGGUUAUCCAUUUUUACGGUUAAUCAUGAACAACCUUUCCAUCGCAGAUUGGAUUCAAAUCUGGUUAACAUUGUAUCCAUCAGAUGGCUUCGAGGGUGGAUUAUGGUCUUUUCAUGUUAAUAAAUGUCUAAUUAGUAGUUUAUAUAAAGACCUGCAAUAGGCAGAUUUAGCUCUUGCACAAUGUAUGUUUAAGUAAUAUAAGAAUUUAAUGAGGUUAGUUUUCGUUUAUAAUGCACAUAGACCAAUAGAAGAUUGUUUAUCUUUUGUUAUGCUGUUAUUUUACUAGAAUUAAAUUGAUGUAUUGGAUAUUGUUAAGUUUUUUAUGCAUCUUAAGUUAUUUUAUUUAAAUCAGAGAUCAAUGUUGCUAUGUGCCUUUAAAACGCUCACAAAUAAUAUGAAUACAUGUCGUCAUUGCUAGUGUCGGUAAUCAUUGCCUUAGAGUUACUGCCCUUGGCACAGUCAAAAUAUGUCAGACAUCUUGCGAACACAUUUAAGUUUAUGUAAUUUAUGUAAGUUUUUGAAGAGUGUAAACUUAAAUAUUCUUCAAUUAUUAAUUAUUCUUAUUAUUAUAAAACAGUUAUUUAGCGCAAUCUUACACAUGCAUGUUCAAGGGCAGAUCUAGUGGGGGUACUCUCAGUGCAGGGCCCCUCUCCUCCCCCCCUCCCCCCUUGUCGAUCCAGGCAGUGUUUUAGAACCUGAUUCUUGUCUCAGAUCACUGGAAAUGGCAUUUUCGGGGCUCCAGUUUUCGAAAUUGUCCGGGGGAGGCCACAUGUCGGUGCCACUGUUGUGUGCAUUUCCGGGGUUCCAAUUUUCAAAAUUGUCCAGGGGAGGCCACAUGUCGGUGCCCCUUUUGCGUGCUUUGCCCCCAACCCCUGUCCAUGGUCUCAGGAUCAGUCCUUGCAUGUUCUGGUGCACUUUACGAUACAUUUUGAAAACAUAAAUUUAAAUAUGUAUAAAAAUACGACCAGUUCUUGGAUUGCUCUGAAACUAAUGCUCCUUAGAUCGCCUUAAACCAACACGUCAAUGUUUGUGGCCUCCACAAGAACUAGUCAAUGGUCCUACAUUAUGGAGAGCUAUUCACAUAACUCGGAUGAUCUAAGGAAUUUCGAAUCGUUUCAGGGCUUUCCAGGGAUAUACUGAUAUAAAAUGCAUCACUAGAUUUUUUUCAAGAAACCUCUAUGGUCAAUAUUUAUCAAACUAUUUAUCAUGGAAUAACAAUUACUGGUUUACUAAAGAUAUAUUAUGUAAGAUUUAGAUAAAGAGCUGACCAUUCUUGCUAUAAUGGUCCCGUGUACACAUUGGCGUGCACGUAAAAGAUCCCUUGACAGUUGGAAUUCGAUAUAAGAGUAGGCCGUAGUGCCGCUGUCCGGGCAAAAUUUCCCUCAUAGCACACUGUAUGGCGUAUGCCCGUCUUCAUUAGCCCAGGUUAGGAGCAGAACAGUAGUACGUUAAACUCCAUUUCAUUUCAUUUCAUUUCUUGCUAUAAUAGUUCGAAAACAGAGAAUGCAAAAUAUGAAUACAUUGAAACUUUCAUUCAAAUUACUCUAUUGCGAGCAACAAUAUUAGCCUUUGAAGGUUUGACAAGAUGUGUGCACAGAUUGUAACCACCGUACUGGUUGUUCGAAGCUAAGACUCGCUUCUCCAAGUUUAAAUAGGACUGAACCGUUCUAAUCUAUUUAAUAUUGGCAUCAAGAGUUGAUUAAGGUCUUGUCAUUUUAAUACAUGUCUUAUUAAUAAUUUAGAUAACAUUUCAGGCGUAAUGAAAGACCUGCAAUAGGCAGAUUUAACUCUUACAUAAAAUAUGUUGAACAUGCAACGUUUCAACGAUGAUACUCUCCAUCAUUUGUUUGAUAAAACGAGAGAACCAUUGUAAAAACGUUGCAUGUUGUUAAUAAACCAGUAAUUAAAAAACACAACACAAUUUAUAUGGAAAUACAUAGCACAACGUUUCGACAAGUAUUCUCUUAUUGUUGUGCUUGAUAAGAAAAUACUUGUUGAAACGUCGUGUUAUGCCUAUAAAACAGUGAUUGUAUUUCCAUAUAAAUUGUGUUGUGCUUUUUAAUGUGUUCAAUUGCUAAAUGUGUAUUACUGUUCAAUUACUAAAUGACACUCAAAAAAAUAUUUAUAUAUACCCAUUUGAUACUGCUGCUAAAUGGGACGACCAUGACUGAAGUUAAGAUUCCGAUCAUCCAGAUCGGAUCAACCUCUGAUUCUUAUGGAAGGCGAUAUUAGCUGAUAUAAGGCUGAAGUUACCAUUCCAAAUCAACCCGAUCUGAUUCUUAUGGAAGGCGAUAUAAGCUAACAAUUUCCCUGGCUUUUGAUAUUGUCAUGUUGUUUGGCAACAUCAACCUGGUUUCACUUUUUUGGAAAAAAAUUCCUAAAUAAUUGUGUUUCUGUGUGCGUUGGCUUGAAAGUGAUGUUUUAAGCUUAAACUGUGAAAAGACAUAAUUAUUGAGUGCAUGAUAUUAUUAUUGUAUUUGGGCUCUUUGCUUGAAAAAAUAGAAAUAUUUUAAAAUUGA